CUUCUUUGCUCCGCGUAGGUAGGCCUAAAGUUUGAGUGCAAAGCAAAUUUACGAAGAUUUUCUUGUUUCAAAAAUGGAUCUCGAAUUAUCUUCCCGUUUCCUUGAAGAGGACUUUUGCCGUUUGUGUUUGUCUAGUAUCUAUGAACUGCGCACGCUGUUCCCCCGGGAGGCAAAUGAAUCUACCAACAUGAUGAUGGUCACGAAGAUAAGCUUGCUGGCUGAGAUCAUUAUUGUUCCUUCGGAAGAACUAAAUGCUCGCAUUUGCUCUCGCUGUUUCAAGCAGCUGGAGGAGUUUGAGACGUUUCGGCGACGAUGCAGAGAUAGCGAUAACCAGAUUCGCCAAAUCCGGACUUUCCGCCAGCAGCAGACGGUUGCGUCAGAGCGGAACUCCAAUCCUCCGUUGGUUAGCCAAGAGCGUCCAAGAGAGAGCACCGUGUCUACAAGCGAUCGAUACGGAGGAAUAUUCGAUGUGAUGGCAUACUGCGAAGUGACGCCCGGAGAGCAUCUAAUGUUUUUCGAUGGGUUCGUUUAUCAGUCGGAAAGUUUGCUUGUCUGGCGUUGCGAGGUUCCGAUAUGCCCAUGCCAGCUGCUGGUCCAACAUGACAACGCUAAAUUCUGGGUUUAUGGCACCCACAAUCAUGAAAAACUUUCCGGUGAUGGCGACAAGCGGGUGUUCAAGAAAAUGAACCAACAAAUCUGUGCGUAUCUCAAUAAGCUACGUGAUAAAAUAGAUGGAACAAUCAAUAAUAAUAUUUCGGAGCAAAGCAAAUCGACAAGUGUACAGCAAAGCUCCGCCGAAAAUGAGCAGGAACAGGCUUCUUCAAGCACGUACCAAUCAAUCAUCUACUACUUCAAUAAUGGAGGUAAUCGGCCUACGAUACUCGUCGAUGGCCAUCGUUAUCACAAGGAAGCAACGUCUAAUGGUGUCAUCCCCACGCAGAUCUACUGGAGGUGCAGUGCCAAGAAUUGCCUGGGUAUGAUUUUGACUACUGCUGAUCUUCGAAAUUCCAAAAUGCAUAAAGAUCACAACCAUGCGCCUCUAUUGAAUGAGUCAUUUGUGCCGACUGAAAGCAAUAAUUGUGUGAAGGUAACGACUGCUCCCUUGUUGGGUGUAACGUCGCCGCCUGUAUCAGUUGAUAUUCCGGGGAACAGCAGUUCAUUUGGCAUCGCGAUUAUCAAACUUCCCACUCCACCUGUGACUGUUAUGCCUAGGAUUGAUCUUAUCGAUAAUUCUUCCCAGCUUAUUUCUGAGAUGCGACAGAUCACAUCUUCGAAUCAGAUUCCAACUAUCGGAUCGUCUCAUUCAAUGUCAACAGUUCAGCAACCGACUACGGCAGAAGCUUUGAGGUCAUCAAGCUCGAAUUCCUCGUUAGGCAAUUCUGCGGGACAAGUUGCCAUACGUUGCCAUUCAGCGAAUACGCUGAAACGCAGAGAGAUAUCGACUGCUUCGCCGAGACCGGACAAGUUAUUGAAGACGCCAACCUCGGCGGCUAAAACGCCUGUUAUUUUGUCGCAAAUCGAGUUUUAUCGAUGUCCGAACAUCUCCGGGGGAAUCAUUCUGGUCUACAGGCAAUUUCUUUACAGUUUCCAACCAACCAAUAGAUAUAUUACAUGGCAGUGUAAGACCUCAAACUGUGAGGCCAAGGUGCGCAGUGGAUGGCAGUUGGAGUAUCUAGCUCAGUACGUCGACCACAAUCAUGGACCAUCGGAGGAUCAUGUUGUUGACUUGGACAACUAUCUUCCGACGUCAGAUGCUCUGAAGAUACUGAGCAGGCUGAAUCCAACGAAGCCCAGACAGCCACCGCGUCAAGAAAUUCCCAGUCCGUUGCUAGCGUGCCGCCGGCUAGGUCACAUACUCAGCAGCGUAGGAUGUCAUCCUGGUGUUGACAUCAUUGCCCAAGUAAUAUGUGAGCCUAAUUCGUUUUUUCAAUGAAAUUCCGUUUAAUUUUUAUUUUAAUAGUUUAUUCUGACGUUCUUUAAACGUUUUAAGGCAGCCUAUGUAACGAUUGUUAAAUGCCGUGUUGGUGCAUAGGAAAAACUUACUACCAAAUCGGUUGAUACAAAAGCACUGUAAGCUGGGUAUUAUUAUAUUUUUUUAAUUCUGGCUUUUUGAUACGCGUGUGCAGAAACACAAAUUAUUUUACUCACUACGUUUCUUAUACCUAUAAGUAGAAAUAGCUAAAUGCAGCAAUAAGCAGUCGAUCUGUAGUCUUCUUUUGUUAAGUGUAGUCGAUCUUUUGUUAAGUUGUCGCACUUUUAUUUCAAUCUAAUAAAGAUCACUCUACUCUGUAA